AUGGUUGGUUAUGGCGUUCGCGCGCGAGCUAGUGGGUAUCAUGGUAGAAGUAAGUUCAGAGUGAAAAAUAAGCGAAAAGCGGAUAAGUCCUAUGCUGAAAAUGUUUCUGAACUCGCUGCAGAUUCAAGUCGUGCAAUAUCAGAUAUUGUUACAGUUGGCGCUAUUCCGCUACUGACGUGUUUUAACGUGCUUACUACAGCAGUUUUUUCUUUAAAUCUUUUUCGGCAGCCUACUCGUGUUUUUUAUGCUGGAGAAGUUGCAAAACAGUUGUCAUUCGUUACACCUUAUCAAAAUUUAAGCUUUGUGAAACUGGUUUGGUUUGAAGCUGCGGUUAACUCGAGAUAUUCAAGUGGUGUGUUCGAUUUUCGACAGUGUGAUCCGAAGCGUUGUUCUGGGCGAAAAUUAAUGAGAUUGGGCUUUCUUAAACCGUUGCGAUUAGGAAGUAAAUUUCCUGGUUUAGUCCUUUCCCCAUCUGCGACUGCAGUUUUAUCUCCGAAGGAUAGCGAUUUUGUAAAGUUACGUGGGCUAGCAGUGAUUGAUUGCAGUUGGAAGCAGGUUGACCAUACAGAACUGCACCGCGUGAAAGCCGUUGAACAUCGUUUAUUGCCUUAUUUGGUGGCCUCAAACCCUGUUAAUUACGGAAAACCUUGUAAGCUGACCUGUGUGGAAGCCUUGGCAGCAGCGCUUUGUAUUGUCGGACUCCCAACAGAUGCAGAGUUUGUUUUAUCAAAGUUUAAGUGGGGUGCUAAUUUUUUGAAGAUGAACGAGGAUUUGUUGAAAGGGUAUGCUUCUUGUCAAAAUGCUGACGAGGUAAUCGAAUACCAGUUUAAGUCUCUACAGAAUUUAGAAGAUGAGGAGGAAAUAAAUAGGAAGCUUAAGCUGGAUUCGGGAAUGGCUACGGGAAAUGGCAUUGGUGAAGAUAUGGAUAGAAUAUAUGGUUAUUCAUGCGAGCAGCAGCCAUUUAAGCAAGGAGCUGAGGCACGUUUGUAUAAGUGUGUCUACUUGGGACGACCGGGAGUUAUGAAAGAACGUUUCAAGAAGAGUUACAGACAUCCGAAUUUAGACGAAAAUCUGACAAAGGACAGGCUUCGUUCAGAACUGAGGUCUCUGUGCCGAUGCAAAACGGUACAGUAUUUACGCGUCGAUGUUCCUGCUGUUUACUUUGUGGAUUCGGAAAGGAAUUUGUUUAUUAUGGAGCGCAUUGAAGAUGAAGUUAGCGCCAAAGACUUCAUUGAAUCUUUGAGGACAAGAAGUGAUUUCAUAGUAUGUAGUCUCUCUUUGCAUCAUAGCUUACUGUUUCAGAAAGUCUUUCAGGAUGUUGUUUCGUCCUUUGGCAAUCUUAUUGGAUCUGUGAUUGGGAAGAUUCAUUCGGAAGGCAUUAUGCACGGUGAUCUAACUACAUCAAAUAUGCUUUUGAGAUAUGGAAAUCCGGAACGUCUCGUUAUAAUUGACUUUGGUUUAACGGAAAGGAACGCAUCUGUCGAAAGUAAAGGUGUAGAUUUAUUUGUUUUGGAGAAAGCCAUUAUCAGCACACAUGCUAACGUCGAAUUCUUUUUUGAUGCAAUCCUCAAAGGCUACAAAGGAGUGAGUGAGAAACAGUACCAAGCAGUUCACAAAAAGCUGGAAGAAAUUCGUUUGAGAGGAAGAAAACGAGAAAUGGUGGGAUGA